CUCUUUCUUCCAACCUUAGUUGCAAAGAAAGACCACGAUUACCAAGACCCGUACGAUUACGAAGAAGAUUACGGUAAUGAUGAGAGUGGUGAUAGUGGCAAUAAAUGCCCAAUAAUAGAUCUUCCUCCCGGACUCGGUGGCAGAUGUGAUGUCAGCGAUCUUUGCAGCAAAAUCACGUGCGAUGUGAAGGUGCAAGGAAGGCAUGCCACGAUCGUUUUCAAAGUGAACAGAUGCGAGGAUCCGCUGACCGCUACAGUGACAUUUAAAUCACCUGGGUUUGUCGUUGAUUGGUCGCACACUUUCAAGGAUGGUGACGUAAUAAAACUCCCAGAAGACCAUACCAUCACUGAAGGAUUAAACUCGCUUGCUAAAGUCUCUGUUUCGCUCAAAGUUGGACUGAAGAGAAAUGGAGAAAAACUGCACUUCAAGGUAUUUUUUCUCGCCUUAUUGGCUCAUAUACCUCCGUAUACAACUAGAACCAGGGCCAGUGCGUUCUUCAAUGAAUGCCCCUAUUUGCUGUGCCCCAUUAUUACGAUAUAACGAUAUAAUGAAUCGGCAAAACAAUAACUGAAUAAAGAUCAUGGGUAUAAACCGUUUUUCAAUCUUUUUAGCCCUGCACAAGCACCAAAUUGAAAAAGGCGUACUAGAGCAAGUCGAACUAACAUGGCGGCGGGUGGGAGUAUCCCAUUUCUAAAGUAUAAAGCAACUAUUAAGAACUAACUAACCCCUCCCGCCGGGCCUGAGAGGUUGUCCGCUUAGCAGUAUGUCCGCAUUAGUACCCAUAUACCAAUUAACCUGGGUAGAGAGAGACGUUUAUUGUAUCAGAAUCAACCCGAGCACAUGUUAACCUCUGAUGAUGUAUUCAUUUUAGCUGGAGUUGAUGGGCGAUGCCAAUAUACCCCUGCUACGCUCAAAGGAUCAUCCAUUCGAUGCUAACCUUCUGGAAGGAGAAAUUCCACUUUCUUCCAAAUAUUGCGGUAAGGAAUGAAAUAGAAUGUCUCUAACCAGAACCAAUGUGAUCAUAUUAGCAAGUCCGGUCUUAAAAAAGUUCAUUAAAUCUCUCUCAAAAAAAAAACGAGAGAGAAAGGAAAGGGAGAAACCUCUAAAAAACAUAGGCAUCGAACGUGAAAGUUUGAGAAAUAAUAACAAGGCACUUUCAUUUCAACAACAUGAAAAACGAAACCAACUUUUCAAUAUGCCUUUUUUAGGUUUCAGCGCCUGGUACAACAGACAGCCACGUUACAUUAAGAUGCUGACGAUCGCUGGUCCAAUCCUGGGCUUCAUCUUUUUGUUCAUUCUUACUAUUUGCUGUGGAAUGUGGUGUAAGCGCCGUGCGCCUGCGCGACUUCAGGUUAACCUGCCUACUCAUCAGCCCCAGAUCCUCUCAACUCAGAGUAAGGUGCCAAUGCAACAGCUGGUCAACGAGGCAUAA